AUGGCGGACGCUGCAAGACGGGUUGCGGGAGUUGCUGUCCUUUUAAAUGAAUUGGACGAUCCCAUUUUAGACGCUGCUUUAAUAGGUGCACUAGAAAAUGAAAUAUGGGGAGCAGAGGAACCAGCACAAAGAAGACAUAGAGUCCAGAAUCCAGUAAGAGUUGGAGCUUACGCAGAAAAUAUUGUACCCCUCUACAACGACCAGGAGUUCAAAUCUCACUUCAGAAUGCAUCGACCAACUUUCAUGGACUUGUGUCAGAUUCUUAGACCCCAUCUAUCCAAUAAGAUCCUGUCUGAAGAGAAGAUCCUGGCUACACUCUGGCUUUUGGGGAACCAAGAGUCAUUCAGAGGUGUUGGUGACCGAUUCAACUUGAGCAAAUCAUCACUACACAAAGUAUUUCUUGAAGUAGCAUGUGCACUGAAGUUAGUUAUGAAAAAUAUCAUUGUAUGGCCUGCAAGAGAUCAAAUUAAUGAAUUUACAGAACAAUUCUUUAGGAAAACUGGAUUUCCUGGUGUUGUCGGUGCUAUAGAUGGAACUCAUAUACAGAUUCCAGGUCCUAAAGAGAAUAGAGACUCAUAUGUAAACACAAGUUCAGCUGCAAGCAAUUUUCAUUUGCUUGGUGAUUCGGCUUAUCCUCUCUCACCAUUCAUGAUUGUCCCUUACAAGAAUACUGGUCAUCUCACACCUGAACAGAGAUCUUUUAAUAAAAUUCAUUCUUCUACUAGGGUUGUGAUCGAGAGAGCAUUUGGUUUACUAAGUGUAAAUUUCGAAGGGAAGUUACAAGACGUUUUUGAACCCGAGCCAGAGGUUAUAUAUGAAGGUGUUCCCGAAGUGGAAACUACUUUUCCUGAGCUUUAA